AUGGCUGAUAACUUAACCAUAGGAAAUCUGGAGGAUUAUACCAUGUAUUCUAUUUCCGACAAUUUUACGAAUGCGACAGAUCAAGGAGAAUUCCAAGUUUUUAGCACAAACAGUUCCUGGAUAAGUGUAGAACCGGUGCCAAAAGCUGUCGAAGCCCUAAUGUACAUCAUGUACAUUAUAAUAUCCGUUGCAGCAAUCGGCGGCAAUGUCAUAGUGUGUUACAUCGUCUUUGCCUACCAGAGAAUGCAUUCCGUCACAAACUUUUUCAUCGUAAACUUAGCCGUCGGGGACAUCUUGAUGGCUAGUCUGUGCAUACCAUUUGGAUUUGUGUCGAACUUACUCUUACAGUAUUGGCCAUUCGGUGCUGUUAUGUGCGUCGUAGUCAGCUAUGCACAGGCUGUGUCUGUUUUCAUUAGCGCUUAUACACUAGUCGCCAUCAGUUUUGAUCGUUACAUCGCCAUUUUGUACCCUCUGCGUCCCAGAAUGACGAAACUGCAAGCUAAACUCAUCAUCAUUUUAGUGUGGGUUGUGGCUUUGUUGACCCCGCUACCCACAGCCAUCAUGUCCAAACUUGAACAACCUCAGGACUGGAUUGAACUCAAUUUGACAGACAGGUACACUUGCAUGGAAGCAUGGGAGUCCAGUUCGCAGCGGUACCACUACAGCAUGGCUUUAAUGGUACUGCAAUACUUCUUUCCGUUGGCUGUUCUGAUAUAUACGUAUACUAGGAUUGCUAUUGUGGUUUGGGGAAAGCGGACACCAGGUGAAGCUCAACAUGCGAGAGAUGAAAAAAUUGCUGCAUCUAAAAGAAAAAUGAUAAAAAUGAUGAUAACCGUAGUGUCUGUGUUCACCCUCUGCUGGCUUCCUCUGAACGCUCUGAUUGUAGUGGGCGAUGAGCACGACAUCAUAUGGCAGUUUUCUCACAUUCACUACGUGUGGUUCGUCUGCCACUGGCUGGCCAUGAGCAACGCCUCCUACAACCCUAUCAUCUACUGCUGGAUGAACUCUAAAUACAGAGACGGUUUCCGGCACGUGUUCCAUCAAGUGUUUUUCUGUCUUUCCAACGAGAAGAGUCACUUCAAGGGACCUGCUGCUCAUAACGGACUCAACAGGUGCACCACCAACAACACCAUUUACACAAGUAUUCGAUCUUCGGUAAAUAGGAAAGGUUCUGAUGCUUCCACUCAACCAGGCUCUUUGGUGAAGGGGAAGAAAACUCAGGGUCACAAUAGGACUGAAAGUGGAACUGUCGUCAUUCAUAUUGAGAUGGACACUCUGUCAUUGCCGAAAUACAAUGGACAUUCGACCACACAAGCUGAAUCUAAUGUAUAGUCUUCGAUAACGGCUUUCUAAAGUAUAAAUACAUAAGUCGUCACAUCAACUCUGCUAUAAUUUGGUUUCCACAAAAUUGCGAGUCUACCAGAACCCGAUUAAAAAAUUAGGUAGCCCAACGCCUUUU